ACUAGCAACAACUGGGGUUGGGAGUGACGAUGAUGGCCAUCAAGUGUUCGUCGUGAUAGUGAAUCGUAAUAAUAAGUGUGUGAGUGAGUGAGUGAGAGUGAGAGAGAACGCUCAGCGGUCCCUCCAGCAAUCGCGGGUACUAUGCUGUGUGUGAAUAGUAGCGGAAGGCGAUGGUGCACGGCAGUAUGGAGAUCGUUCAUGAGGGAUUUCUGGAGAAGUCUCCUCCGCCGAAACGUCUUUGGAGGGCAAAGUGGCGAAGGCGAUGGUUUGUCUUAAGGUCAGGGGAGCUUCCUGGCCAAUACUUUUUAGAAUACUAUACGGAUAAAACUUGCCGGAAAUUAAAGGGAAAAAUUGACCUUGACCAAUGUGAUCAGGUAGAUGCAGGUUUGACAUUUACAAAUCGAAAGUCAGAAUACAAGUUUAUGUUUGAUAUAAAGACACCCAAGAGGAUCUACUAUUUAUGUGCAGAAACUGAACAAGAAAUGAACAGAUGGGUAGACUGUGUGUGUCAAGUAUGUGGCCUCAAGGUGUAUUCACAAGAUGACGAAUAUCCUAUUCCAUCUUUGGAACAUUUGCCUUCAGCGUCCAACCCACUUCCUGCUACACCACCUGCAGCCCUUCAUGGCUUGCCCUCAGAUCAUCAUGUUCAAUUAGAUUCUCCUCCUCUGUCUCCUUCAUCCAUAUCUGGUCCGUACAUUCCGAUAAGUGAAUGUAUAACAGGAAAAAGAACACCAAUAGCGGGAUCAAACUUCCCUUUUACUGAUGAUCUUAAUCUUCCAUUACAUGGCUCAGCUGAGAGCCAUCGGUCCAGCAUACCUAAUGAAAUGGCACCUGCUGCCCUGUUUUUAUGCCCAGACAGUCAACUAACAUCUUCAAGUUUGGCCCCAAAUGCAAGUACAGGGGCUAUACCUAGGGAGGCCUAUGACAUACAAAGGCAGUUUAGGCCUUCUGGAACAACUUCUGAAGAUACACUAAGUGUGCAGUCUCCACUGGGGACAGAAGGCAGCAGUGUCUUUAGUGAAGAUGAAUGGGCUCUAACACCACCUAAAGCUGAAGCCAAAUUUUUCAGUGACAAUUUAAGACCUGUUGGAGGAGUUAGUCAUACACUUAGGGAUCCUCUUCCAAAGGAUGGUCAGGUUGGUGCUGUUGGAGGUUCACCUGCAGUGAGUGGGGUUGCUACACUGCCCAGUGAAGUCAGAGGUCUCACAUUAUCAGAUGACUCGCAGCAUCAGCAGCAGCAGCAACAGCAACAAGGUGCACUGCCAUUUAUUGCUCCUCCCCGUCCACCAAAACCCCCUCAUCUUACUGAAAAUCCACAACAGCUUUACCAAAAUUUAGAAACUAUUGUGAAAACUAAUCUUGUACGUAGAAAUAGCUCUAACGACAAAGUGAAGAAUGGCACUGGUAUUCAUUUAGCUUCAUAUGAUACUGUUGUAGGUGUGUCAGACCCAGAACCCUCACCUGCCUCAGUAAGCAGUUCUGUCCCUCCAACUCCAAGUGAUUUGGUAGACGAGGCGCAGGUUUUGGUGGUGAGGUCACCGCAACAUCCUGAGACUAUAAGUCCUCAAGCUGCUGAAAGAUCAAAACAGAGAAUCUGUCAUAACAAUUUCACUGCUGUCCCAGUUCAAAACCAGUUCUUUUCAUAUGAUAUGAGGGCCCAUGACAUUCAUGAUAAACAAGGGGAGUUUGAUCCACGAAUAUCACCUGCUGGCCUUUAUUCCAAUAUCCCCCAGGCUAACAUGAGUCCAAUUCAUCCCCCAGCAAUUGACAGGGGCUUGAAACCGAGGAAAGUUGCCGAUGGUGGGAACCUGAGUUCAUCAGAGAUGUCACCACCUCCCUCUGCUGGUGGGCCCUCUAAGGAUACCCUAGGGGCUGUGGGUGGCUCACCAUUACCACCAAGAUCUGCACCCCCUGCUGUUGAUAGAAAUUUGAAACCAAUGAAGAUUCCCUCUGAUCAACCAGUCAUCAAAAGUAUUGUAUUGGAUCCUGCGCCUCUUCGUUAUAAAAAACACGAUCAGCGCAUUAGGGCGGCGCCUUCACCCACACCAACUAGCUUGGGUAAUGGUCGUGUCAACAAUGAAAGUGGAGAUGAACCUGAGAGAACUUCAAACCCAAGUAGUAGGAGAAACUCGACACAAGAUGAACAGAUCUUCUUUCCAUUGCCUACCAGAUCGCAGCACGAGAUUCAGUACACGGAUUUAGACCUUGAGAUGGAAAACCGUCACAGUCCCAAGCCUUUAAAACCUGGAACGAAAAUCUCUGCCAUGUCCUCUGUGCCAUCUGUGGUGUACAAGACUAUAGACUUUGUUAAAACAGAAGUGUUCAAUGAAAUGAAGAAGACAGUUGAAGACACUUAUCGUAAGAAUCAAUAGCAGAACCACAGUAUGUGGAAAGAUCUGUUGCAUCUUAGAUAGAUUUAUUGUUGUGGUAAGUGCACUACUGAAGCACUUAUUGUUACGUUUCAUUUGAUACUUUUACUAUUAUAAUGUUGAAUGAGAAUCUAAAUGUGAUACCAAAGUAGCCUUGAGAAUUUCCUUUUGUGAUGAAGGAACAAAGACUGCAUACAUACACUUCAUGCUCUUCAUGAUAUUCUUUUUACAAAGUGCACUCACUGUGUUUUGUUGCAGCAGGUUCAACUCCUUGGCCUCAGAUUGCUGUUUUUGUUGGUGUCGUUUUCCCAAAUGUCCCACCUCUUUUGGAUGAAAGUUUUGUAACAGUGGCCUUCUUUCCCUCACAAAUUAUAGAAAGGAUCUGUGAAUGGAAUGAGAAAAUAAGUUUUUCACACUCUUACCAUAUUGGUAACAGUGGAAUGGGUGUACUGCAUUAUUCUUUCACAUUGGUUUUAUCCAUCAUAAAUGCUUUUCUUUACAGAAAAAAGAUACUGUUCAUUGAAUUUAAAAGGAAUUGUAUCAGUAUGAUUCAAUCUAUGUUUUAUCUGUGCUAAAACUGAAGGAUUGAAACAAAGUUCAAGAACAAACCCUCAUUAUCAGCCUUACAAGUGUGUAGGAAUUUGACUUAGUGAUGUGGUUUAAACCACUUGUAAUAAUCUUAUAAUACUAAUAUUCAGUUCAGGGUUAGAGACACUGAAUACUUCAUUUGUUAUAUAGAGAGCCAUGUAUCAUAUUUCUUGGGAUUAUUCAGUGUCUGUCAUCUUGAUUGUCACCACUUUAUCCAAAGGUGUUGUCAUAUAACUGGAGUCGUCAUUAUUCAGUAUACGUAGUAUUUUGUUCCAUAAGUAAUUGUAUUUUCAGUUAUAGUAUUUCAUUCAAGAGAGACAUUCACUGAAGUUUGCAUUAAGUUUUUAAAGUAGGCUCUGAAUAGAAGAACUUUCCUUGAUAACCAGUAUGAAUAUGUAGUUAGCUACUGAGAAAUUCAGCAUGCUUAUUCUAGAUUGUGUGAGUAGAUAAUUUGGGAAACAGUUGUACGAAUCUGAGAUAGAGGAGACAUAUCUUUAACGCCCUCAGUGUCUUUAUUCAAAAGGCACAUUGUAUUUGUUGCUUCAGGAUUUCAUGUGAACCUCAAUAGGAUUAACAGUUAUGAUCUGGAGAAUGACAGAUAGAAUGUGCCUCCUCUUCCAACUCAUUGUGGCCAUCCAUGCUUACUUCCAGUACCAUUUUAGGCCUUCAAGAAUGACUUACGGCUCGUGAAAGUCUGUACUUUUGUCAUUAACAUGUUUUGUCUUCUCCAAGGAGCCCAAUAUGACAGUUCUGAUUCUUAUUUCUUCACUAACAAAGUGAGUGCUUGUUAUGUACAAUAGUGUAUGUGAAUUUUCAUAUAGGUGUCUUCUGUUUAAAGUUUAGAUUGUUCAGUAAUGUAAAUAUUUAACAUGCCCAUAGCUACCUUCAGUAUUUUUGUUCAAACUGCAUAUUAUCUGUGCCAGAGAAAAUUAUCGUUCAUUAUGUUGCAUCUGAGGUACAUACUGCUUAUUUGUAUUAAUCUUAUUUUGGUGAUGCUGUCUUAUCAUGUUGGUGGAAAUAGUUUUUACGCGACACAUUACUUUCCUACUCUGAGCAGGAGAAACUUUUCUUUCAUACCUAGAAAAGUGAAAGCUUGAAGUUGCUCUGGGUAGAGCUCACUUGUUAGUGAAAAGGACUAUGAGGUGUUGAGGAGUUAAAAGUGCUCAGAGCACUGUCAUGUAAUAUAAUUUUAGAGUUAGGUUAUUACUAUUGGUAGGCAGAGGUGCAUUGGUUUUGAUAUACCGUACCUGUUCUUGUCAUUUACUUCUUGAAUGCAAGUAUGUACGAUGUCUUUUAGUAGUUUAAUUAUUCAGGUAUUCGGAAAUUUUUAUCAUAUUUUCAUUUUUAAUCAUGGAUGUAUCUUCAGGCGAAUAAAGUGCAGUGGUGUAAGUCUUAUAAGUGUUGAAUGCCAAGCCAUUUCCUCUUGCAUUUUUUUACUCAAUCAAAUUUUAUACAUAAGAAGGGCUUGGUAUGAUCAAUACAUAAUUCCUGGUUUUUCUUUUCCUUAACAGGUAGUGUUACAAUAGCUAGGUAUGUAAUUUAAUUUUUAUUUUUUAAUACUGAUUUCAAAUGUGGGAGAGUGCAUGGCAUAAUAAAUGCGCUUUAUUUGUUUUGUUGGAUAUUGACCAUGAUUUGUCCUGAAGGAGCACAGAUUUUUAAAAUGAUUUUUAUAUGAACAAAUCCAUGUUCAUAUUCUUUAGUACUGUUUUUUAUAUUCUUGUAAACACUUUGGGCUUUAUUAAGUACAUUUAAAGGCAUAUUAAAUAAUGGAUUGUAACAAAAAGUCCUAUUGUAAUCUAGAUUGUCCAAGUCACUUUGAUUUUUUACAUUUUCUCCAUCACAUUAAUUAAUAUCUUUUUUAUUUGAGAAGUCCAAAUUCAGUAUAUGUAUGAAAAUGUUAAAACAAAUUAUCAUAAGUUAUAAGUAUAUUUCUGCAUUCUUGGGUCAUGAAGGAAGGACCAUUGUACAGUGUACAGAUGUACAUGUUUUUGUUAAGGUUAACAGUCAGUAAUUGUGUGUCAGUAUAGUACUUCUGGACGUUCUGUUUAAUUGGGGAUGAAUUUUACUUGCUGUUACAGUUAACUGUACCUUUGUGCUGGCACAUCAGGUUGGCAUUCAAAAUAAAAAGGAAAGCUUGCUUUGGUGACCUGAAGGACUUCUAGUUCAUGUGUUCUCACUAUGUGUGUUCUGUCAAAAUUCUUGCUGUAGGGCAGGAUGGUAGUUGAUGUUGGCUGUUUUUUUUUGUGUAUUUUGAAUUUUAUGCUUCAUUCAUUUAGGAUGUCUUCAACUGACACCAGGAACAAAAGCAUCAGGUUUUGCUGGAAUGUUGUCUGCAUAGAGAUUGCAUUCUAUAAAAUUAGAUACGUACUCUAUUCCAUAGUGGCAGAUAGGUACAAACUUUGUGCCAGUUGUAGAGGUCAGGCAAGUAAUGUCUUGAGUGAUGGGGAGCUUGAAGGUAUAUUAAUUUAAAUAGGGAUGUACCUUUUUUUGUGCUGUUGGACCCAGACAGUGUUCUCAUUAACACUGCUUCUGCUAGGCAGAUUACUUUGUAAGGCUGCUCUUACCUUGUCUUAGACCAGAGAACCAGGCUCCUUGCAAGGGAUACAACUGGUGGCAGUACGUUCCAGAAAUGAUGACAGAUCAGGUUAGAAUGUUUUGGGUUUCAUGUAAAAGACCUUUAGUUCUCUUGGCUACUCAGCUGAUUCUUGACUAGCUGCACCAGUCCACCAUCCUUCUUUCAAUGUGAGAGUUAGCUACCUUUAACAGUAGGUAGGAGUCAUCCCAAAUAUAAAUUUUCAUAAUAAAAUUUAUUUUUUUAGUUCAAAUCCAAAGCCUCCCCAUAACUUACUGGGUUGUCAAGCAGAAUUGUGGUGAGAGCUAUAUUCAAAACACCUAGCGGAGAACAGGUGAACUAAACAUUCGUGUGUGUCAGCCAGGUAAUAUUUUUAAAUGGUGGCUACACUUUCCGGUGUGAAGCUAUCUGUAACAGCAGGUAAUUAUCUUUAUGAAAAUUUAUAUUUUAGGUACAUUUGAGAGAUUAAAACACUAAUGGCUUAUUUUAUUGUUCUUUAGCUAUUCUCCAGAUAAGCACUAACAUUUUUUGUGGAUGUUCAUGAGAUUAUGUUUAUGAGCUCAUUGUUAUAUAUUGCUUUUUACAUAAUUAAAGUUUUUAGAAUGUUGUAGAUAAGAUCAUAAUUAGUCACUUAUGAGUUGAGUUGCAUUUUUAAAUUGGUGUAGGAUAAAAAAAAAAAAAGUGUCGGAUUAAGUGAUCAGGUAUACUGUGACUAGUUAUCACUUGGACAUUGUAAUUUAUUACUGUGUUAGAAUGGUAUGUGUAUGUGGUAAUGUCAAUAGUGCCUUAUAUGUCUUUACCCUAAUGGUAACAUAUCAUGUAAAAUACAUCACUACAAUAGUCCUGAGGGUUGUUUUAAAGUAGACGUGAUGGAAACCACUUGAAAUUGUCAUUUCCUGAAAGAUCGUGUUGUUCAUCUAAUAAGUAAAAAUGUUCCAAUUUGUACGAAUGAUAGCAGCAGACCCAAUUAGCUAAUCAUGAGGUGAGCUCUUAUUGUUAUUCAUCCAAAUGAUGAGUUGUAGAUUUUUCAUAUUUGUAUGUAUUUCUGAAAUAAGGGACUUUGAAUCAAGCCUUACAUUUAUUUUUGUGAUCUUUUGAUACACACUUUACAUAUUUUGCUCUUUGAUACUCAGGAUAUUUCAGUGCACUAAUUACAGAAAAGAUUUGGGAAUUGCCACUGCACCCUAUCUUCAGUUUAAGAAAGGGAAUCGAGAAAAUGAGGAAAUAUCAGAUUCCUUUUCUGGUCCCUUUUUCUUAAUGUAAUGAACUUGAAAUCUUCAGUUGAGUCAGUGUCAAGGCUGGGUGCUUGAAUCAUAGUUGUUGAGCAUUUAGCAAGUAAUGCAGUUCAUUUAUAUCGUGGGACUCCCUUUACUGAAUCUUAAUGUUAAUGCUGUAGUCCUUCUUUGAAAUGGUGGUGUAAAUUUUGUUGGAAAAUUAAUAAGGCAUAUUACCCAUCUUCUGAAAUUUACCAUUCUACUGAAUAAUCCUGAAAUUUGAGGGGAAAAUACGAUGAACACCUUAGAUUUUUGGUGAAGUGUGCAAAAUGAUGGAUGCUGUUCUAAUUUCCUGUAUAGUUGUUUGUUAUGUUAUUCAUAAUCCAGAUUCAUCAAUACGGUUAAAGUUGAUUUGCUGGUUUUGGAAUGGAAUAUGUUCCUGCCUCUGAAUACUCGAGGUCUAAAUGCUGUUUCAUAUAACCUUGCUUGGGGUUGAAUGGACAACAUAGUUAUACGUAGGUGCUCUUGGUUUGAAAUAUCAGCAUUUGUACCCAUAGAGAUGUUGAAGAGAUGUGUAACAAUAAUUAAGAUUUAAUUAUUGGUGAGCUGUAUGAUGGGUAGACCAUUAGGCAUUGGUUUGAGCAGUUGACUACUGUUUGAUGGCAGUGCAGUUACACAACCAGUGCUCUGUCAUUGAGUAUUGUCCUAAGUGCUUUGCUUUUCAUCCAAGGUCACAGUAGUGUUUGCAUUUAAAUGUGUCUUUUUUGUUGUUGUAAUACUACAAGCAGUCUUCUAUUUUGAUGUCACAAGUGGUUACUUUUGGUUAAGGGUUUACUGAUUUUACCUAUACUUAAGUGAAUGUUGAGCAAUAUUUAAUGAUGAACGGUGGUGCCUAAAACUUGGUGCAUUGCAGUAAGAGUAUCAUCCUUGCAGCCUAAGCCUGCAAGCAUUGUGACUUCAUGUGUAAUGGACUGUUUGAAGAAAUCUUAUUAGGAAGGUUUUAUACAGAAUUUUAGCUUGGAACACUCUACCAUUUUUUAUACAGAGAUGGUUGGCAGGUAAGCUGAAAAAUUUGAGUUUUAAGAGGAUUAUAGAUAAUCAGUUGGGGUCAUUUAAAUCUGAUGAAUAACUCAGUGAUAAUUGUUAGUUUUUACGUACUUUUAGUUCUUAGUGCUGUUCUUGCUCAAUAAUUAAGUUGGAUAUAGUAUCUGUUGCAUACUUGUGGUCUAUAUAUAGUAUAAUUUAAUUUGUACAGAACAUGAAAAACUUUCUACUUGAACUUAACUUGGUUCUUGAUAAUCUUGGCUGCAAUAAAUUCUGGUGCAACAUUCCAUGCUCCAGGACAAUAUGUUAUCUGUUUUACAAGGACAGUUGGCUAUCUGAUAUACUGAAUGAGGUCAUUUUAUCCUAUUUUUCAGUAGAAUGGUUACAGAAUUUUUGAAGCAAAGAAAGCUUUUUUUUCAGCUUCUCCAACUCAUUUAUCACAUUGGUAGAGUUUAGCACUGCUGAAGGACUUGUGUAUGUUGUUAAAUGCUUUCAUAUGGCUUUAUUUCCAUUCACCCUGUGAUACAAGAGCUUACCACCUGAUACUUUCAGAUUGGCAAUGUAUAUAAAGCUAUAUUACAUGGAGUAUUCAUAUUAUCAUAGUUCAUGUAUGUAUAUGUACACUUACAUGUGUAGUGAAGUACGUAUAUACUUUUUAUUAUACAAUACUAUGAUUUUCAACAGUAUUGCCUGUACCAAUAUGAGCUAUUGAAAAAGUUCUCAUUAAUUACAUAUUAUAGUUGCCUGAAAACUACUUUAAGACCAUUAUUCAAACGUUCCGUCCAACCCAUACAGUAGUUCGAACUUCUUGAACCUUAUCUGUUGUUUUUAUGGAGAACCUUAAGUAACAAAACCCUUACCUAAUUGCAAGACAGAAGUAGGGACGGAAUACAUAAUUCAUAGUUUGUGCAUGGGAUAAAUGCACUUGAAAAGAAUUUAGUUGUGUGAGGGCUUCAACUUUUUGGUACAGGAUUUAUAAGUUAACUAAAAGAUUUUCAGAUAAGAGAAGUAAAGUGCAAGCAUAACCAUGUAACGAGUUUAAAUUUUUUAUACUUUCAUAUUAAUUUAUUUGCACACCUGUGUAGCAGCAGUAAUUCUUGCCAUCCAAAACAGGAGUAACAAGUGCUGAGAUGGCCACGAAUAAGGAGAGUUGCAAGUAACUAUUUCACAGAUUCAUUGUAAUACAUAGUGAUUCAUGAUGAAAUAAGUCUCGUUGUAUGGCAUCCAUUUGGAGACUCAUGUACACAGAGGUUGACAUGUAGCAUAUGUUGGCCCGUAAAUCUGGCUCCCCAGCUGUAGUGCAGAGAUCUUUAGAUUGUGCUUUUCAUGAUUCAUUUGGACUUCCUGCCAAUAUGCCCUUCUGAUCUCGCUUCCUCGUGAUCCAAAUUUUGCCCCUUAUUGGAAACCACAUCCUUGUGGUCCAGCCCCAUCAAUAUCAGCAAAUUUGACCUCUAAUUGGAAGCCAAAUCCUUUUGUUUCAGCCCCAUCAGUAUCAAGAACUGAGACUGCAAGUGGUCAGAUGUAACAUCUGUAGUAUUUUGAUAAAUUUGCAUGCCAGGUGAGAAGUAACCCCUAGAGAAUCUUGAAGGCUGACAUUUAGUGUAAAGAAAAUGGGAAGAAUAAUGGUUCUGCACUCAUCUGUUGAAAGUCCUGUCUCUUUUUGUUUUGAGUAGUUUUCACCCUUUAACAAACUGUUAAAAAUUAAUUUUUCAUUGUAAACAAUUUAAACAAUACUUGGAAAAAUUAUUACAAUACAUACACGAGUACUUGAAAUAUGUACUUGGCCCUUGACAACAAUAUAUAUGUUAAAAGCUCCCAUUGUGACAAAGAAAAAAUUUGUCUACUUUCUAAAGAUUAGUGAACUGUAAGUUCCCUGAUUCAUUGCUUGUAUUAUCGCUAUAAAGUGUACAGUAUAAACAAAAACAUACAGAUUCAGUGCAGUGAUAAAAAGACCACUCAGCCUCCUGUGUUGAGAAUUCAGAGGCUGGGCCUUUUGUCAGCAUUAUCUAGAUUCCUUGGAACUUUUUCCACCUCUCCUUGGAUAGUCUGAUGAGCUUUUGUCCCAACUGCUUAGCUUUCUGAUUGAUAGAUUUUCUGGAUUCCAUUUGAUUUCUUACCACUUACCUACCCACAACUUUUUCAUAACUUGUACUUUAGCUUUCUUACUGCUUGAAAAGUACUUGAAUUUUCUUACUGCUUGAAAACAAAUCCUUUGGAGUGGUAUCUUGAGAGUCCUGUAAUGACUUGAGAGGUUUGCUUAGAAAUACUUCAUUAUACAGUAAAAAUGAUAUUUUACACUUGGCAUGUCUUGUGAGAGGCAGUUUUGCAACCUUUAGUCUGCCUAUGCACUGUAGGUAUCCCUUCGACCUCUAGCUAAAGUCUCUCAUUCUUUUUAUUGUACUUCCAUUCAUAUUCUUACCCGUUGGACUUUUCACCCUGUCUGACAAAUAUUUCGUGGUGCAACUGUGAAGUUUUCCUCCCAUUACACCUUUCAGACCACCUUAUUGUCAAUUUCCCUUUCAGGGCUGAAUGGCCUCAUGGCUCCCAGCACUUGGCUUUAGGCAUAAAUUGUAUAUUCUAUUCUAUUCUAUAGUCUAGCAUACCACACUGUUGGCAGUAGUAAAUCAUCUUUGUUGUUCCCUGUUGGUCAAGAGCUCCAUUACUGUGUGAUGUCUGUCCGUCUUUUGCCCUUCCUUACCCAGAUGUCUUACUUUUUCAUCCCCCUUUAAAAUAACUGGUUUAGCUCAGCCCUGUGAUCAUCUAGAGAUUGCUCAAUUGGUAUGGUUCGGUUUCUUUGUACGUACUCUCAUCAUAAUCCACUAUACAUAAUGUGUACAUUCAAAACCACAAUCACUUUUGUUUCUCCUUGGACAGUGUUGGACAUGCCAUUUUAGGUAUUUUUAUCGGGUUAAAGUUGGUUUGUUCUGGAAGUUGCCACUUUUCAUGGAAAAAUUGAGGUACUCUGAAUGAGUUGUUCAUAUUAAAUGUGGUAGAGAGGAAGGAAAAGAUUCUGAAUGAAUACUGCACUUGAGCUUUAUCCAUCGUAAUGUAUCUUGAGAUGUGAAUGUGAGCUCUGAAUUUUUCAAAGAUUUAUUGAUGAAGCAUUUACUCCUUGCAUUCACAAGGAUUUGAUUCCAAGAUCCAUGAAUCUCUGUGUUUUACCUUCUUGGUUGCUGUCGAAUCCACUUACAUUUUCUGUAAGAUGCAGUACUAAUUUGCUGUUAUUGGAAUUUUUUUUAACAGCAGAACUACAAUGGUACAUUUUAAAAUAGUGCUGAACAAGCCUAACUACUUAGAAAAAAUGGUUUUCAUUGAGAAGAUCUUUUGUUACAACAGACUCGGAUGCUUAUUUUUGCUCACUUUCAGAGGAGAAAGUGGCUGUUUGGAAGUGUUACAGACCCUUAUAAGAAUAGACCUGACAACUUUGGACAUCUGAAGUUAUCUUCUUGAAAUACAUCACCAUCAUUAUCAUAGUAUAACCUCCAAUGUUGCAUGAUGCAAAUGGCCUCUGAAAUACUGCCUCAUGUUUUCCUGUGCUCCAUCUUCCACACAUCUCUAGCCUCCUUAUAGGUCUCAUCCAAGUAUGUUGAGGUCAUUCAGCUCUGCUUGGUGCCCUAGAUGCCCAGGUGAUAAUGUCGCAUACCAUUCUCCCAGGGACUUGUGUGAAUGACAUAUGCAAGCCAUCUCCAUCAUCCCUGACAUCAAUAUCAUAUGGAACAUCCAAAAUUUCCCUUUGGGAACAGUUUCAUGUUGGCUCCUGUCAUCUGACACCUAAUAUUCCUCAAGUUUCAUUCUUGUAUUGACAAAAUCUUUUAGAAUUAUAGUUUCAUUAUCAUACCGUGAUUUGUAUCCGUAUAGCAAGGCAGCUCCCUCUAGAAUUAGUUAUAAUCUUUUGUAUGCAGUUUCAAACUAUUUAAUUUCCAAAUCUAAUAAGCAUGUUUGAUUUACCUUUUUUUGUUGUCACCAAAUUUCAACCUAAGGGAACCUGUGCUAGAUAUUGUUCACAAACAUCCAACAAGUUCAACCUCAUUUGUCCCUCUGCAAUGAAUGUUAUUCAUCCCUAUGUGCAUAUUCGGCCAUCACCACUUCUGUUUUUGUUAAAAUCGAGUCCCACUAUUCUUGAAAGCUUUAUAAAUCAAGGGGGUGUCUUGCUGAUAAAAAAUAAAAAGGGUAUCAUCUGCAUAUUUCAAGUCUGUCUAAGUUUCUGAUGUUACUCCAGUGAAAGACUUCUCUUCCAUCUCUGACUAAUUUUUUUUUUUACUGUAAUGUAUGAGAAGGGCCAACAGCAAAGGUGAAUUAACAUUCCCUUUUAAUAUUUACUUCUUAUAAGUGUGUUAUUCCUCUGUACUUUUUGAGAUAACAUUGCACACUACUAAAAGUUAAUCUUUCACCUUUGAUGGCAAAAGUGACUGCUAAUUAUUUUAUUUUCCUCUCAUUUAAAGUAUUUUUACAUGCUUUUACAGAAAUUAGAAUGUGGGUAGAUACUAGUUUUUUGUGUGCAAAACUAAAUUAUAUUGCACUUUCAUUUCACCAAAUUAUUCAUGUUAGUUUAUAUUUGGCAGCUGUUGUUGUAUGAUAGGAAGUUAAAUUUUGUAGUUGUGAUAUUUCACAGUAUUGAAAGGGAAAGGAAUACUGUUUCUAGAAAUUACUAGUACAGACACUACCCUAUAUAUAAAAGUUAUGUUCUGAACAGCUGCACGUAUCUUGAAUUGUUAGUAAGUUGGUCUUCACGCCUAUUUAAGUACAGUAUGAUGUAAAGUCAGUACAAUACUGUAAGUUUUUCUCAUCCCAAAACAUAAUACAGUACUGUACUCUGUACAUAUAGUACUGAGUUUUACAAAAUGCAGUGUACUUUAUUAAUACGAAUGAUAAAUAAAACCCAAAGAAAUAGUGAUGAUAACUUACAGUUGGCAAAGGGGACUGCUCGGAACGUUAUUUUAAUAUACUAUCACAUUUGUUCACAUCUCUGAAUGUUCGUAACUUGAAUGUUCAUAAGUAGGGUGGUGUGUAUAUAUUUUAUCCUCUAUUGUAACUUUUCGUGAUUCUGUAUACCAAACCAGCUAAUUUCCAAUUCAUAUCUUACAGAAUGUUUUGACAUAUACAGUGCAUGUAUAUAACACUUUAUGUCUGGAAGUAUUUGCUCUCUUGGAUUUUAGUUUUUAUUAUGUACAGAUAAGGCGUACUCAUAUGCUCAAAUAUUUCAAUCAUUUAUAUUGAAAAGCAAUAUCAGCAGGAAUAAUGAUUUGAGUGUUGAGUCAUUUGUUCAAUUAACAGUAGUUUUUAGGAUAUGGGAGUUUGCAGGGAUGCUAUUUCUCUAGCCUUUACCUUUAGUAAUUUCCAAUAGCUUAGUGAUUUCUGUUGCUGUCAGUGUACAUAUUAAGGUGGUACUACUGAAUGUUGCAAUAUUGGAGCCUUUGCUUUGGGUACUAUUUUUUUAUAUAUUUACAUUGUUAAUAUGCAAUCAAACCUUUGGUCUGAACAAAAAGAUAAUUUUCUAGCGCCCAGCUGGAUCUGGUUAAACAAUUGGAAAUUGAAAAGCAAGGAAUCUGUGAGAUCUGGCAAUGCAUGCAUAUAUCGGGUGAAAACUGCUAUCACGAUUGGUCUUUUUCUUUAUCGCCUGGGUGAGCGACGCAGUUGCUUACUCUCCGUCCAACCCGGUUGUUUUGCCCGUUUUCGCUCUUGCUUGUGUGUGUUUGUGUUAUUAGGGCUUCCUCUGCAUCUUCUCAGCCUUGCCAACGUAUGUGCCUGGAGACUCAAGGUUUCCCGUGUUCUUGUUUCCUGGCUUUUUCGGCUACGGACUCCCAUUCCACAUGCAGUAAGUGUUGUGCUAAUUUUUGUACUACAGUAAAUCCCUGCCCGGAAUGUUGUGCAUGGCCUGAAUCGCAGUGGAAGUUACUUUAUAGUAAGAGGGAGCGUCAUAGAGUUUCGACUCUUCCUUUGUGGGAAGGGUUUUCAUUGCCUCGGCCAGAUGCUUCGUCUUCUUCCUCAGUCACACCCCAUGAUGCUAGAGCAUGUGUGCCUGUGUCUCCUUCCUUUCCUUCCAUCAAUUUGUUGUUGGAAGUAUCAGGAGGCCCUCAGGCUGAUUUAACGUGUAAUGUCGCCCCCUCCCCCUUGGGAGUUAAUUUUCUUCCUGGGAGGGAGAAGGCUAUUUCAUCAGUCUCUUCUCUUUCUGAAUCAGAGGCGUCCAAAAUGGUGGGGCUCUUGGCGUCGCUUGGUCUACGGGGUUCACCCUCCUUGGAGGAUUGCUGAUGCAUUUCAUUGUGUGUAACUCGGUUGGCAGAGUUGUUGCAUAUCAGUUUAUCUAGCUUCUCACAGGCAUUAGUCCCUCUCUCCUGUAGAUAUUUCUUUUGGAGAUGGACUGGUGGGUUGGCCCCCAGCCAGUUGAGGAUGUCUGUACCUCCCACCAAGUAUAAGUCUAUCCUAAUGUUAGGACUGAAGGUUUGUUCGUGUAUGAACAAAUGACAAAUUUCAUAAGACAUUUUGUAUUUUUCAUAGCUACAAACCUGAGGUCUUAACGUUCUACUGCCCAUCUUUAGCUGCCCCUCUGUUAUCUUAUGACAUCCUGGGUUGGGAAAGACUGAACGUUAUAGCGUGGGUGCAUGGUCUUUGACCAUUUUUCACCAGAUAUAUGCACACAUUGCCAGAUCUCACAGAUUCCUUGGUUUUCAAUCUCCGAUUGUUUAAUUGGAUCCAGCUAGGCACUAGAAAAUUAUCCUAUUGUUGAGACCUUAGGUUUGUAGCUAUGAAAAAUACAAAUUAUCUUAGAAAAUUUGUUAUUUUUCUGUGUUCAUACCCUUUGAUGAUGAAAUUCUCUCCAGUUUUAUGUAAAUAGUAGUGAAGUUAUCUUUUAUUUCUCUUAACAUUUUGUGUCUCAGAAAGUUUAAGCCAGGGAAGAGUUAGGUGGAGGUGGAGUAAGGUGGAUUAAAAAUUUUAUAUAGUGUAUGUAAAUUACCAUGUAAGGAUACUACUUCAUCAUUUCUGUUUAAUUACGCAGGUUUUCCUUUGAUAUUUUAAUAGAAGCAUUUCUCAUCAUUGUCACCAAGUGUUUGAUGUGGAUUACAGUUUAAAAGAGUGAAUGAAAUGAAUGCAUUCUUCUGUUUAUCUGUCCUAUUUUGUUUUCUAAUAUCUCUGUUUCAUUCUUGGAGAAGAUCCCUGGAAUGCAGCCUCUGUUUAGCACUGAUUCAGUUUUGCUUUCAUUUGAUAUCCUCAGUAGACUUUGUAGAAUUGACAUUUAUUGUGGAGGACAGAAGUGGACCAAGUUUGGUCUUUGGUAAGUAGUGUUUGCAGCUAGAGAAGCACAAUAUAUUUAAUUGUUUGUAGAAAAAAAAUAUGUACAUAGGUCAAAGUAAAACAAAUCUGCAAAGCGCCCUGAGAUACUGCCAUCAACUUUAUAUAUUACUUAUUGCACAAUAGUAAAACUUAGUUGUAUAAAAUCUGAUACCUCAAAUAGAGAUAUCAUAAGCCUUCUCUGACCUAGUGGUCUGGGUAAACUGCAAUUUUACCUCGCUGACCAAGUCAGUAGUAUAAUGUCAUAUUGAAGUGAUGUAUUUCAAAAAUUCAUAGACUCUACUUUAGAUAAAUCUUGAUACCUCAUAUGCCAGAGAGCUUGUUCUAUUUAUGAAUAAAAUUGAGAAUAGCAGUUGCUUUUUGCAGAUUGUACAAGCUAUUUUCUGAUGACCUUCAGAUAAAUACAUAUUCUUACAAGUGACAAAUUUACGUCUGAUCAGCAUAAUGCAUGCAAUACUGUAUUAUGUCGGCAGCAGCCAUCUGAAAAAUCAUGUUGUACAGGAACAAAGAUUUUGGUAAUAAGUAUUUGGAGAUUUCUGGUGUUCAUUUGCAAUUUAUUUUGUCCCUCAGUGAGUAGGUACAGUACUCUAUAUAAUAUUGUAAUGGAUUCAGAUAUGACUCGAAGGAUGUGUAGGCGUUUAAUAGUAUGUACAACCUGUCAUAUUUUUGUUACCUGCUAUUGCAGUUGAAGCUUUAAAGUUGGUUUUAUCAAACCAGCAGUGUAAAAUAGAAUUUAUGAUUUAUUGUUGGUGAGAUAUUUAAGUUUUCAUUGUAUACCAUUUUAAAAGUUAUUUGUAAAAAUAAGGACUACUUUAGCAACUUGCUUUUUAUUAAUUGGGAGUCAGGUUUUAUUAUUUGAUAAGAAGUUUUCAGAACGUCAGUAGAUAAAAUGAUUACAAUACAUGUUGUUCCAGGUUUUAGGGAAUCUUUUCUUGUUUGUCAUGAUCAGGCAAAUGAAUAUAGGAAAUCUGUUACUGCCUUGUCCUAAGCCAUUACAAAAGGCAAAUUAUUUUAUAAGGAAGGAAGGAAGGCUUCAAUUGUUUGCAUUUAAUUCAUAUAUUACAAAGGGUUGAUUAUUUGUGCUGUGAGAUGUUCAGAAACAUUUUAAACAUGAGAUUUUGAUACUAAUAGUAUAUCACACCGGUUGAACUUGAUUUGGAUUGAUGUAAGGUACCAGAUUUUGACCUUAUUUCACUACAAAUGGCAAGGGAGGUUACGGGAUGUUUAGUCUCAAAUGUAUGAAUUCGGUCAUCUAAUCAGGAGUUUGUAAAGUGAAUCUUGUGCUGCAUUGCCAUAAAUUCUCUCAUUUUUGCUGUUUGAAAGAAAAUCUGGCUAAUUUUCUCAAUUCAUAAUUAUUUUAGGGAAAUGAAAGUUAAUUGUUUCUACAGCUUAUUCUUAACAUGGUUGGAUUUAAAUUAGAACGUGUGUGUUAAAUGUUCUUACAGGAAACGUGGCAAGUCAGUUUGAGUUUAGUCAUUGUAACCAUGUGCUUUUAUACAUCACUGGUUAAUGCAGAAAGCACAGUUCCUGUAUUUUAGAAGUGUAUGGUAUAUUAAUUUGUAACUCAGAUGCAAACUGUUCAACUAGAUUACUAUUCUCUUGUGAGAGUUACUUACAUGUACUUUUUCUCCAUUGGUAUUAGAAAGUCUGUAUUGUGACACUUAGAACAGGAUUACCAUAUGUCAAGCAAAUACUUUCCACAUCUGUAAUUUUAGAGCGUAUUUUCAUAUAUUUUCCUGAGAGAAAUUCAUAGACUAUGGCUGUAUCUUUGGAAAUUCAGUCAUAAUUUAUGUUGUAUUUUACGUAGCUUUAAAUGUGAGUUAUCUGCAGCAGCGUUAAGUUAUUCUCACAAUACCUUACGGGAAAUGUACAACUGUAAAUUCUCUGCCAGGAGAACUUCUUGGACUGAGUUUUGUAUACAGAUUAUCCUGGCAACAUGUAAAUCUGUCACUGUAGAAUUGAAGAAGUGUAUAGAAAAGGUAGAAGAUUUUAUAAAUUAAUUCCUGUUGACAAUGUUUUAAAUUCCAUUUUCAACAAACACAAAUGUUCAUUAUUAGGAGGGACCAAAUUGGGUAGUUGUGGCAAGAAUCUAGUCGCCUAGUUGAAAAAAGUUGAAAAAACUCCUUGUGGGAAGGUACCACAGUUCCAGAGAUGAAGGGUUAAAAAGCAGUUUACUAAAGUAAAUAUAAGUAAUUUCAGAACGAGCACUUGCAAUUGGGAAUAAGGUAUGAAAGAUUAGGAACUACUACUGUAUUGUGUGAGAGCAUAGAUAGACCUAAGUCUGAUUUGCUCAAACUUUGUUAGUCUCAAUGUGUCACAUACCCCUGAUUGUGGCAAAUCUUAUUGAAAGGAUUGUGUGUUAGGCAGUUGGUUAGUAGGACAAAGAAAGAAAUAAAAAACAAGUCUCUUUAUGGCUAAUGGCUUUAUUAUUUUUACAGUAGUAAUUGUACAGUAGAAAAGUUUUGUUUGGUCUUUUGAAGCCAUUUCAGUAUAAUGCCCCAAAUUCUUUAUUUAUUAUUAAAAGUAUAUGCAAUGGCUAGCAAUUUAACCUAAGAUUACUUUGAACAUUUCAGCCACCAAACUUUUUAAUUUUUAAAAAAUUGUAUAGUUUUUAAUGAAGUACAUUUUGACUAGCACAAUGUGAUGUUAGGGGUAGAUUGCAAGUAUGAAACCCACAGGUUUAAACAACUAUUGUUUGCUCUACUACAGUAAUCCUCUUUCCUCUCUCUUGUAGUGACCUGAUUGGAGGCCUAUAACUAUGUCUUAAUAAGAUUAAGAUACAUAAUGUUUUGUAUAUAUGUAUGCACAUUUCUAUAAGUAUAAACAGGGUAACAGUGAAUCCUGUUGAUGCUUUUUGGUAUCUUCAGCCUACUAAUGUUACUUCAGAUAAUGCCUAAUUAAAUGAAUUGUUGAUAUAA